GGUAAGUUAGUGGUUGAAUUGUCAAGGAAAGUUAACCUAAUAUCUUAAACAAAAGUUUUGUUUAUUGUAACGAUUACAGUGUAUUUUUCCUGUUUGUGAAGUGCAUUGAUUCAAAAUUGUACUAAACUUACCUCUUGCAUAAAACAAGUAAAUUUUGGUUGAUUCAUUAUCCCAUGGAUUAUUAUUCCCGUGAAAUUCGCCUGUGAACAAAUUCACUACUUUUAGUAACACGUUGUAAAAUAAAGGAAUAUUGAAAAAAUCAGUAAAUAUGGCGGAGAAGGAGAAAAAGAAGGUUGUGCCGAUUGUGAUCGAUGGUUUUGAGAUCAACGAUCAAAAACUGACCUAUCAUAAGCUGCAGCAAUUCGCGCUCACCCUAUACGAGAAACUGUUGGUUCAGAGGAGAGAGAGGAAUUUUCUUAUGAUGGAGAGAGACAAGCUUAGGACGAUCCUGGAGAACACGAGGCACGAGAUCAUGGUAGCCGAAGAGAGCGUUAGGAACACGGAGAGAGAGAUAGACAAAGUGGAGGAGACUUAUCGGAGGGAGAAGAAGGAAGUGGAAGAAGAAGUUAAGUGGCUUCACUACAAGCACGGAACGGAUUUGGCAGAGCUGAAACUGUGGGAGAACAAGGCACUGGAGGCACACGUAGAGAAGGAGUUGGAGGAGGAGCUGGAACUGUUACAGGAAAAGCGGAAGCAGAAGGAAGAGAUUCAAGAACAAGAGAGGAUGCUGAUGGAGGGAAUGGAAGCCAUAAAAAGCUACCAUCAGAGAGAUUUAGAAGAAUUGAUGCGUAUUCAGGAUGAACUACAAAUCCAAAACGAAAUAGAUGCAAAAAGGAAAUUUAUAGAUACCGUUGAACGCAUUACUCUAAAACACGAGAUGGAAAUGUCUGAAAUAGAGGAAAGGAAGAACACUCACUUGGUUGAACUGAAACAGAUACACAAAACGCGUUUAGAAGAAACGAAAUCUCAUUUCAAUUCUAUUACAGCGGAAAACCUUGCAGUGAUAUCAAAUUUAAAACAAAGCAUAGACACGAUGACGAAAAACAAAACAAUUGUUUCUGGUGAAGUGAAAAAUUUGAAACGUGAAAAUGAUAAACUGAGUGAUUCACUGGACAAGUUAAAAGCUGAGACAAGAAACCUAAAUCGGCAAGUCGUUAAUUAUGAAAAGGAUCUUUUAAGUUUAAAAAACAACAAAAGGAUGUUGAAACAAACUAUAAAAGAAACUAAAGAAAAUAAGAAGCAAAGUGUUGAAGCUAUGAACCUGUUGAAGAACGUUGCUCUUGAAAUGCAAGGUAGUUUGGAUACCAGUUGUAGCAAUUCAUUGAUGGGAUUUAAAAAUAUUGCCUCGGCCAAAAGGAAGAGACUGGAGGGAUUGAUCGAAAUUUUGUUAGACGAUUUGAUGAAGAAGCAGAACAUAAUAUCGGCGAUAUCAGCCGACCCUGACGUUGGACAAGCUUUAAAGGAAUUGAGAUUUGAGUUUUGGGACCCAAAAACAUUGACUUAUGAGUUCGCACUUGUCUGCAAAGCCUUUGACGAGUUGUUGCAAACUUUGAAUGAAAAGUUGGUUGAGUUUUGUGUAUCCGAAAGGGACCUGGGAAGUCAACCUAUUAAUCUGGACCAUUUAGGCUACGGUCCUGCUGCAUUAAUUUCGAAGCAGUAACUUUACGUUGUUGGUGGUUUUCAGAUAAAUUCAAAUAAUUCGCAACUUUUAAAGUACAAUGUAAUUCCUAUGAACCAUCUUUUGGUCAUACAAACACAAAACUCUUAAUAAAUAAUUUAUAAAAUUGAAUAG